CUUUGGUUGACGGAUGGGCCAGACACAAUUACACCACUCUGUUCUCGAAUUUAACACUUUUUUAAAAUUUUCCUAAAAUACUUAUCAGUUACUUUUCCAAUCAGCAGCACUUAUUUAACAGGAAAAUACGUCACUUUUAAUGGUUGGCCUGUUACAUCCGGUUAUUUCCUUCAUCAUAAACAGUGGUGAAGAACACCAGGAGCAAAUGCCAGGAGUUGAGUUUUCAUUAAAACAAAAUUAUGACUGGUGUGUUAACUGCAUGCCAAAUUUAUCAGAGCAAACAACGACAAUUGCCUCCUAAGUUACUUUAUAACCGGUUGCUGACAAGCAAUGUCGAAUUUAAAAAGCUAUUUUUUUAAAUGCAGUCUGGCACAGUGCAAACUGCUAAUUAGCACAAAACACAAAGUACAACUGAGGAUGAUGAAAAUGUCACUAGUUUUGCAGGUAUUUAGACAUAAACCAAAGUGCUGUACCAAUUCAAAUGAACUGAUGAAAGAGCGACUGAAAAAGUCAGGAUCAUCAAAGCUAUUACAAUUGAUCCUGAGGAGAACAUGAAUGUCUGUACCAAAUGUCAUGACAAUUCAUCAAAUAGUUGUCAAGCUAUUUCACUAAAAAAACAAAAGUGACAACCUUCCGAUGGCGCUAGGGAUAAAGUCAGGGGUUCACAAAGUCACUAGGAUUCAUCCUCUGGGUAUCAUGGAUGUCUGUACAAAAUUUCAUGGCAAUCCAUCCAAUAGUUAUAGAGAUAUUUCAGUCUGGACCAAAGUGGCGGACUGACCGACUGACCAAACCAUCAACAUUACCAUCCAUAAGAAGGAAAGAAAAAGCUAAUACUAAAUGAGUUUUUGUAAGGUGCAUUAGUUUAAAAUAUAUAUUGGAAAAAAAUAUAGGAAAAGAUCCAAAUGAGGGGCAAAACUACCUUCUGAAGGGAAAGUGAAUUUCUGUCCCUGAUAGGAAUUGGGGUCACGUGGGUACAAAGGCAGUAAAGGGGCCCCUGGAGUUGUGUAAAUAGGAUCAAUAAGUCCCAGGCACAGGUUGUCAUAAUAAGCUUUCUCAGUUCCUCGAAAAGAUGAUCAGUAAACUCAAGAAGUGAGACAGAAAGAAGGACUUUGAUCAUCACUCGUGCCCCGCUCGUCUCUUUAAAGAUGCGUCACUUCUUGGACAUCCUCAGUGAAGCUGCUUUAACAGACCCAGCAUCUUAUUUCAGAUAAUCAGAUAAUCAGCAGAGAUGGCAAAUGUAGACAACCUCAUCGAGCACAUAGGAGACUCUGGGCCUUUCCAGAAGAAGAUUGUUACACUUGGUUCAUUUCCGUUGGUACUUUUUGCUUUUGUGCUUGUCGGGGUUGUUUUCUUAGGGCACACUCCGGAUCACUGGUGUCGGAGUCCUGGAUCUGAGCUCCUCCGGGAGGAAUGUGGCUGGACAGAAGUCGAGGUGCGGGAAGUCACGACUCCCCACUCUGAACAGUCAGGAUCCUACAGCCGCUGCAUGAGGUUUGCAGUGGACUGGAGCAAAAUGCAAAACAAAUGCAGCGAACUUGACUGGCUGCUGACUCUUAAUGCAACCGAGUUGGCGCCUUGUGAUGGCAGAUGGGAGUUUGAUAAAAGCCACAGCACUAUUGUUUCUGAGUUCUCGUUGGUCUGUGAGAAAUCCUGGCUCGCUGAUCUGAAUCAAGUUUUCCUGGCUUGUGGGUAUUUUAUUGGAGCUUUUGUCACUGGCUACAUCGCCGACAGGUUUGGUAGAAAGCCAUGCUUCAUUGUAUCGAUGGUUGGCCUUGGUAUCUCAGGUAUCGGGGUAAUGCUGUCGCCGUGGUACCCGCUGCUGCUCGCCUUUCGAUUUCUACAAGGGUUUUGCGGAAAGGGAGCAUGGGUGGCCAUCUAUGUACUUGUGAUAGAGUUCUUUGGAUCAAACAACAGAAAAUUUGUGUCCAUGGUGAAUCGGACUUUCUACUCCAUCGGCAUGGUCAUGCUGCCAGGUCUGGCUUACUUCCUGUCCUCCUGGAGGACUCUGCAGCUGAUCAUGAGUCUGCCCUGCAUCCUGUUUAUCUUUUACCUCUGGCUUGUUCCUGAAUCUCCACGUUGGCUGUUCUCACAAAAAAGAACGACAGAGGCCAUGAGAGUUGCCGCGGACAUUGCAAAAUGCAACGGGAGAUCUUUACCCCAUAAUCUUCCAGAGAUAAUUCUUUUGGAGGAAAAGAAAGAAGUGAAUCCUGUAUCAGUAAUGGAUUUGUUUAGGACACCAAGCAUAAGAAAAAACACACUCAUUUUAACUUAUGCCUGGUUUACGAGUACCGUUGUGUUUCAAGGCCUGGUCUUGCGGCUGGGGAUCACAGGCAACAACCUCUACUUGGAUUUCUUUAUUUCUGCUGCGGUGGAACUUCCCACCGGCCUCAUCUUCUACCUGCUGGUCGACAGAGUCGGUCGACGCUCCCUCAUGGCCAUCACCAACUUCACCGGCGGCAUCGCCUGCCUCGUAGUCCCCUUCGUCUCCUCUGAUUUUGCCGUGUUGAAAAAGUCGAUUGCGAUCAUCGGGAGGCUUGCUGUCGCCAUUGGAAUUGAGACCGUGAACUUUGCAAACGCAGAGAUGUAUCCAACACCUCUGAGAAAUUUGGGUGUGUCAGUGUGCUCAUCAGCCAGUGACUUCGGAGCAAUUGUGGCCCCGUUUCUGCUCUACAGACUGGCCAGUAUCUGGCAGGAGCUGCCUCUUUUACUUUACGGUGUGAUGUCGGUGCUGUACAGCAUAUUGGUGACGAGGUUGCCUGAGAUGAGCGGAGUCGCCCUGCCAGAGACCAUCGAGGAUGUGGAGAAUCUGGGAAGGGGGAAAGACAAGUCAAAGGAAGCAGAGGGCUUUAUUUUAUGA